GUGAGCAAACUUGGCAGCUUUUGCUUUCUGGUAUAUUUUAUUUAUUUUAUUUGUCUGCAGCUUGUUGUCAUGUCCAUAACAGAACUCUUGCCAUAGUUGCGUUCUGUCUGCGAUAUAUAUUAAUAUUUGCACAUGCACACUGCCUCUUGGAGUUGUGCGCCUGGGAUUUUUGAAGAAAUUAUAUUGUGCAAAUAAACCCAUGCACACACACCCAAAUUUGACAGAUUGUGGAAUCAGUUGGAGAAAAAAUGAACCUUGAGAUGGGAGGGUUUGUGAAGCAGCCAGAUUUAGCUUCUGCCAACUGAAAGCUACUGGGAAAUGAAAGGGUUUGAUAACGAAGGAGGAAGACUAGAAAGUUGGUCAGGCAGAAGGAUGAUAUGGGUUUUAUGUCCUCUGAAUUACAGAAAGGUUUUUCCCUCUUUAAUGAGUCACAGGUUUCAACAGGGACUCAGCUCCAUUGGCAAAGAAAAAAUGCCUUAUACGAUGUCCCGGGAAGAGACAGUGUGUAAAUAUUGCGGAGUCAGCUAUUUGAUCCUCCAUGAGCUUAAGCUGCUGGAAGAGAAAGUAAAAGCAAUGGAAGUGAAGGUGAAGUUUUAUGAAGGCAGCAUAGAACGGGAGAAAACACUUCAAGAGAAACUACAGCAGCUAAAUCAAGAUUUUGAACAGUGUGCAGCAGCUAGCAAAUCAAAAAGAGAAAGGAUAAAAACUUUAUCUCUGGAGCUUGAAAAUAAGCAAGCAGCAAUACAAAAUCUAAAUGAACAGAUGAGGAGCCUCCAGAAAGAGAAUGAAGUUUCAUGCAGACAAUCACAGCUGUUGCGAAAAACAUUGGAACGACAUAAAUUCAUACUAAAGAAAGCCUUUGUUCUCCUUCCCUUUAUCAAAGGAGAGGUACACAGUGUUAAAGGAGGAAUAUUUGACUUUCUCGGCCAAUGGAGUGCACUCAAAGGAGAGAUUUUUUUACACAUAAAAAAUAUUAAUUUAACAGCAUUGACAGAAAUAUCCAGUCUGAACCGAAGCUUGGGUGAAUGCCAGAGGGAAAAUCUGCUGCUCCAGGAGGAGGUGCAGCGUUUAAGGUUGAUAUCAGACGCAGCUGAGCAGCAAGCUGAGCAACUCCAGGCGACUCUCUUACGAGAGAGUGAAUUACAAAACAGAUGUCACGAACUACAGAAGAAAACACAAGAUUUAACAAGUCAAGUCGAGACGAUUGAGCACAAGUUCCAGAAAGCAGCUACCGAAAUCAGCCAUUAUAAAGAACUAUUCGUAAAGAAGUCAAAAGAAGUUGAAGACUAUCAAAGUGAACUCCAGAAACUGACAUCUGAAAUUGGAGCAUCCACAUCUCAGUUUGCUAAUAUCCUGAAAGAGCGAGAACAAUCUUUGCUUGCCUGCCAACAAGCAUCUGGACGUUUACAGGAAGAAGUGAUUGAGAAAGAGAGGCAAGAAGAAGAGCUAAAAAAACGCACCGGCCAUUUGGAGAGCGACCUGGAAACAAUUAAGAGUCUUCUCAAGCAGCGAGAGGAAGAAGUGGUAAUGCUUAGGCAAGAAAGGGAGUCUCUGCUGAUUUCCCAUCGGAGCAGAAUGGAGCAACUGCAGGAAACCUUGAGGCAGAAGGAGCUGAAGGAAAAGAACUGGCAGGAAAAGAUCAAAGCUGAUAGAGCAAAGGAACAAGCUCAUCACAAAGAGGAGAUUCUCAGCCUCAAAGAGGAAGCCAGAAUGGAACUAGAAAUUGAGAAACAAAAGCAUCAGGAAUUGAUUGCAAAAUAUCAGAAAGAUCACGGUGACCAGCUACACCUUAAGAUACCUGCAUUGAUAUCCAGUGCCACGAAUAGCCUGAAGAUGGAAGUGGGCACCCUUGAAAAGAAGCUCUGUGAAGCCCAGAUCAAGCUGACAGAGAAGCACCGAGAGAGAGAGGAGGAAUGGCAAAGUUUAAAAAAACAAGUUGCUGUGCUUGAGCUCCAGCUGCAGGAGGAACAGAGUGCCCGUCAUUCAGUGACAGAAGACAUGAGAGAAGAAAUAAAGAAGAAAACUUAUGAGCUGGAAAAACUGACUCAAGAGCAGACGCAGUUGAUUCAGAAAAUGAAUCAGGUUCAAGAGGAGAACGCUCUUCUCCAGGACACAGUGCGCAGGGAGUGUGAGGAACGGUAUGAGCUCACCGAAGCCUUGGCUCAAGCCAAAGAACAAGUCGUGGAGCUCAAGAAACUCGGUGGAAACUUCCAAUUGUCACAGUGUUCUCUCAGUCAGGGCAGCCUAACCUCCGCUGCAUUGGUCAGCAAUCACAGGCAGAGAAGCCCAAACUGUGGGAAAGGAAUCACAUUCUCGGGACACUCUGGGAUUUCAAGAACCACUAAAGCACCGCUCUCCAAUAGGUACAAAAGCGGCAUGAACGCAAGCUUGCCUGCUCUGCCUGCGCUGCAGUCCCCAAGCAGAAAAACAUCUCUAGAUGAAUCCAGGAAGAGAAUCACAGCAGUUCUAAAAAGACAGAUGAGUGAGCUGUGAUGAGUCAAGGACUGCUCUCUCUCUCUCUCUCUCUCUCUCUCUCUCUCUCUCUCUCUCUCUCUCUCUCUCUCUCUCUCUCUCCCCGAGAAGAGGUGGGGGGAAAACAGUGACAUAGGUCAUAAGGCCACCUCAGUGUGGCCCACAGGGGAAAAUACCAGAUUUUACUGUUGGGCAAUAAGCAUGUUUCUAGCGCUGAGUGUUGUUGUUUUAUAUACAAGCAACAUCAAAUUAAGCUAAGCAGUGGUUUUUAAUCUCACACGUGUUUAUGUUUUAUACUGAAAUCAUGAAUCGGCAUUUUGCUUAGUAAAUGCUGACUUAGGUCUGGUUCUGGCGACUGAGGUCUGGUUCUGACUGAAGUAGCAAUCUUGUAUAUGGCUUCUGCCUGCAGGUGGGGCUUCACAUAAAGGAUAAACUGAAGAGCAGGGUGGAAGUAUUUCCCUACAGCAAAGUAGAUUUCAGGGGUGUCAAGCCUAGCCUUGUCCCUGCAUGUAGAAAACUAGUGUGGCAGGGAGAAGACUGGGCUACAACAUUUGUGUGUGUACAGGAUAUGUAUUCAAUCUGAAGUGGUACGAUGCAGACACAGAUAAAGCAUGUCAAUGAGAAUGAGGCCUAUCGACAGCGGGUGUAGAGGAUAUAAUAAAUUGAUUAAAGUACUUCACACCUACACCAUCCUGAAGUAUUUUUCACCCUGCGUGCCUCCGUUGUUAAAAUGUUAAUAAAAACAUGCAAAAUUCCCCACCACCACCACCUCACAACUUCUGGUUUUGUCCUACUUGUCCAGCAUGAUUGUACUGUGGUGGAGUUGCUCUGUUCAAACGAAUUCUCAUUCUGACUUCGAGGUUAGAUGUGUAAAUAGCCAAGAACUGCAGAAUGAAGAGAGGCAGCAGAAUAUUUGCCUGAGGAAUAAACAAACUGCUUAUGGGGCAAAAGAAACUACUGUAAAUUUUUAUAAACACCGCACUGAGCGGAAGCCAAAUCACCUGAAGAUGUUGGUGGCUCAGUGAUGAGCUGAACAGCCCUAAGUUGUAUAAUAACAGCAAAAUUGUUGGACAUUUUUGCUAAAUGAGUGUCAGGAAGCAGCGGAAGCAAUAGUUUCAAAAGUUCAUCUCAUAAGCAAAUAAAUGUGUGUGUGUGUGUUUAUUUUCAACACCUCCACUGCUCUGCACCAACCACAUGUGUCCUACCAAGAUUCCCCCACCAAACCUGGAUUCUAUUAAACGUGAAGCAUCCUAUCAGCCAGAACUAGCUUUAUGACAAUGUUUUCUUUUUCAUGUGGCCAAUUAUAUUAUUCACUAAGCAACGGCACUUUCAAAUUUGGUACGGUUUGUGGCACAAACUGUUUGACAGCAGGAUAGCAUAUUACAAGGAGCAUGGUUUUAU